CAGAAUAGUACUGAAAAGUGAAAGUGGGAAAAACUUUUAUUUUCUACAAUGCAGUUUUCAGAAGUUACUAAAGGAGUUAUUAAAUAUCUCCUAUUUUUCUUCAACUUUCUUUUUUUGAUAUCUGGAUUGGGAAUUUUAAUCGCUGGAAUCGUCGUUCUUCAUGAUGUCACCGAUUUCAAUCACUUCCUUGAUGACAGAAUCACAGCUCCACCAAUUAUACUCAUUAUUGCUGGAUUAUUAAUAUUCGUAAUCGCAUUUUUUGGAUGUUAUGGUGCUUUGAAAGAAAGUCCAAAGCUUCUGUAUGCGUUUGCAUUCCUGCUUGCCAUCAUUUUCAUAAUUGAAAUUGCUGUUGGAAUCGCUGCCAUAACAUUCCGAAAUGAUUUGGAAGGAAUUCUUAAUACACAAUUAAGGCAAUCUAUGAUUCGACAAAAUAAGGAUGAUAUGAUGGCAUGGGAUACUGUCCAAAAAAAAUUACAAUGUUGCGGUAUUGAUGGACCCAGAAAUUGGUUCGAAAAGAAUGAGACAAAAGAAGCCGUUCCUGCCAGUUGCUGCCGCCCACAAUAUAUUGACAGAGAUACACAAAAUUGCUUGAAUGCAGCUCCUUUGUAUAUGGAUCGCGUUUACACGGAAGGAUGUCUCUCCAAAGUCCACGAUCGUGUGGCUUCAAAAGCAUCAAUCUUGAUUGGCGUUGGAAUAGGAAUCGCCUUCAUCCAAUUUAUGGGUAUUGCAUUAGCCAUUUGGUUAGCACAGGCUAUCAAGAAAGAGGCAGCAGCCUCCUAAGUCUAUAACUUUAGAAAUGAACAAAAAACGUUGCUCUUUUUCACUUGCUGAUCAUCUUUUAUUAUUCUUAAACAGUUUAGUAUUGCCUACUAAAUAAUAUUGAAAUUUAAAAAAAAAUUGUACUACAAAAUAGUAUUUAUGGUUAAUGAUAAUAAAGAAUACAUAACCGUUUAAUUUGAUGUUAAAAAUCAUACU